AUGCUGCGGCACAGCGCGGAGGCGCGGCCGUCGAGCGAGGCGCUGGCGGCGUCGCGGCACGUGCCGCGCUGCGUGCCGUCGCGCGCGCUGCUGGCGCUGCUGACGCAGGCGCUGGCGGCGCGCGGCUCUCGCGCGCAUGCACAGCUGCUGCGCGCCCUCCUGGCGCAGCGCGCGCACCCAGCCGACGACCUGCUGUACACCGCUCAUGCCGACACCACCUCCCUCACGCCGCACCACCCGCCGCUGCACGCGCUCGUCUACGCCGUGGUACAGGUAUUCCGCAGCCACGGCGCCGCAGAGCUAUUGCCGCCUCUGCUGACUCCGAUGGGCGAGGCGUGGGAGGCGCGCAGUGACGCGGUGCGCGUGCUGACGGCCUCGGGCACCGUCUGCCACCUGCCCUACGACCUGCGUCUGCCAUUCGCCAGGUUGGUGGCGCACACGGGGCUGAGGCGCGCGCGGCGUUACGCGGUGUCGCGCGUGUUCCGCGAGCUCGCGCCGCGCACCCCGCACGCGACUCUCGGCACGCACUCGCCCGCGCCCGCACACCCGCGGGAGGCGCUCGAGUGUGCCUUCGACAUUAUAUCGCCGAACAGAGGUCAGAACCCCAAUGUAUUUUGUCCAGAUGACAAGGUUAUUUUUUAUGUAAGGCAAGUUUUAUAA